AAAGACACGCUUUCGUCGCGUAUAAUGAGAAGCCGAAUAACAUUUAAUGCAAUACCGCCUUAGAAUAUCCUAGGACUACAUGUUUUAGGGAUAUAUAUACCAUAAGAGCAUGGAAAACGAUAUGGAACCGGCAGAAGCCGAAACAUUCCUCAAGUCGCUGCUCAACAAGAACUUGCGCAUCUACACAACAGACGGGCGCAUCUUCAUAGGGAAUUUUAAAUGCACAGACACGCAUAGCAACAUAGUCCUAUCGCUCACCUACGAAUACCGCGAGCCGUCGCAGCAAAAACUAGCCGAAGCCAAAGCCUCAAGCUCCGCACCCGGCGCGGAUAAGGUAGCGCUGGACAUGACGUCGCGGUACCUAGGCCUCGUCGUCGUCCCCGGGGAGCACAUCGUCAAGAUGGAGGUUGAGGAGUUUUCGAGCCAGGCUAAGAGCCGGUCGAUAUUCGAGCGGAGGGAUAUAUACGGUACUCGGUGAUACAGGGUUGCGGACGACGGAAAAAAGAUCUUAUGGAGACUUGUUUGUCCAAUCAUCGCGCGGUCCGUAGAGGACCGCUAGAUUCGAAGUCAGCCUGGAGGUCAGAUGCACCGGGGCCAAUCAGUUAGGCUUCCGACAUUGGUUCGGGGCGGCGUUCCACAGAGAUACCCGAGGGUAUGGUUUGUUAUAGAUUAGCAUUCGGGGCGCAUCCGAGCGUUUGGAUUAUAACGUAGGCGCGAGGCGACGCUCGGUCGCUAUAUAGGUACGAAUAAGAAGGACAGGGAGAGUUGCGACGGUCUAAUUUGCCAGCGAAGCAUAAGGCAUGACUUCACAUAGACGACACCCCUAGACAGAAGGAAGAUUAGAGGUCUAGUACUUUUUGAUACUACCAACGAUUAUUAACUAAUUGAGUAUGUCUCUACUCGAUAUUGCUCAACAAGAUUUUCCAGCGAUGUCGCUAUACGAGUAGUUCACCUCUUGUAGUGAAAUCUUCAAG